CGCGGCGAGUUCGACCGGCUGAUCAUGGCGGACGGCGAGGAGCUGGACGUCGACGCCGGCAAGAUCGGCUGCAUGGCCGCCAAGUUUGCAAGUCUCGGCGGGACGCUGAGCGACGCCCAGAUGGUGAAGAAGCUGCUCGACACCGUCCCGGAAUCGCUGUUCGCGGCGGUGGCCGGCAUCGAGCAGUUCUGCGACGUCGAGACCAUCUGCUUCGACGAGGUGCUCGGGCGUCUCAAGGCGUUCCAGGAGCGGACAGAGCGGCGCAAGGCGGCUGUUGGCGGAGAGCGUCGUGGCGACCAGCUGCUGCUCACGGACGCUCAAUGGGAGGCACGGCGCCGUCAGCGCGGCGGUGGCCACGACCACGACGACGACGACGGUGGGAGCAGCGUGGCCUCGGGAGCGAAGGGGCGGCACGGCAGGUGCUACAACUGUGGCGUUCGCGGCCACUUCUCCCGUGACUGCAGGCAGCCGAGGAAGGAGAAAGCGCUCCUCGCAGACGUCGACGACGAGCCGGCCCUUCUGUAGGUCGUGGUUUAGG